AUGUGGCUCGCCGGCGUGUACUUGUGGGUCGGCGGGGCGCUGGCUUGGGCGCCCGUGCAGCCCCGCAGCCAGCCUCGCCCCUUCAACCUGAGCUCUCUCGCGGCGCUCUCGGCUCCGUUCAAGCCGGCCUCCCACGGCCCGUUGUUGCCGGGGGCGGCGGCGGCGACGACGACGGGGAAUAAAGUGGAGAAACUCGGCCGGGCUUUCAAGCGGCAGGUGAGGCAGCUGCGGGAGAAGAGCGACCGCUUGGAGCUGGUCUUCCUGGUGGACGAGUCGUCGAGCGUGGGCCAGGCUAACUUUCUCAGCGAGCUGCGCUUCGUCAAGAAGCUGCUCUCCGACUUCCCGGUGGUGCCCACGGCCACGCGGGUGGCCCUCGUGACCUUCUCCUCCAAGAACCACGUGGUGCCACGCGUGGACUACAUCUCGCCGCCGACUCGGGCGCAGCAGCGGCAGCACAAGUGCGCCCUCCUCAGCCGCGAAAUCCCGGCCAUCGGCUACCGAGGGGGCGGCACUUACACCAAGGGGGCUUUCCAGCAAGCCGCGCAAAUACUGGUUCACUCCCGUGUAAAUGCUACCAAAGUAAUAUUUUUGAUUACGGAUGGCUAUUCCAAUGGAGGGGAUCCUCGUCCCAUUGCAGCAUCCUUGCGUGAUUUUGGAGUAGAAAUCUUCACAUUUGGGAUAUGGCAAGGCAAUAUCAGAGAGCUGAAUGACAUGGCUUCCCACCCAAAGGAGGAACACUGCUACUUGCUCCACAGUUUUGCAGAGUUUGAAGCUCUAGCACGCCGAGCUCUUCAUGAAGAUUUGCCUUCUGGAAGUUACAUUCAGGAAGAUAUAGCGUAUUGCUCCUACCUUUGUGAGGGGACUGAAAAUUGCUGUGAUGCCAUGGCGAGCUGCAAAUGUGGUACCCACACAGGACACUUUGAGUGUAUUUGUGAAAAGGGGUACUACGGCAAAGGACUACAGCAUGAAUGUACAG